AAAAAGAAAACAACGGAGCAAGACAGAGAGACACCUUCGUUCGCGUUUUCUGUAAUCUCUCUCUCUCUGUGUCCAUGGAAUGUCUACAUAGCGCCGUGAGAUUCGAGGAAGAAGAAGAAGCAUCAUCGCCUCCUCCCACCGCGUAAUCUUCAGAAAAAGAAAAAGGAAAAUCUCCGUCGUCGAUUAUUGCAUAUCCGUUCAAUCCAGAUCGUUUUGUGUUUUUUUUUUUAUUUGUAUGAUGGUAGAGAACUAGAGGAAGGAAGGGUUUAGUCAUUUUAGGGAAACACAAUGUCAACUAAAGGAGAACAUCAUACAGUUCCACUUUCCGUUUUGCUCAAGCGUGAAUCAGCUAAUGAAAAGAUAGACAAUCCUGAGCUUGUACACGGCCAGUUUAACCAGAGCAAGAAAGGAGAGGACUUUACUUUUGUUAAAACUGAGUGCCAGAGGGUCACGGGAGAUGAUGGCGUUACUACCUUCUCUGUUUUCGGGCUUUUUGAUGGGCACAAUGGUUCUGCAGCAGCUAUAUACACCAAGGAGAACCUUCUUAACAAUGUAUUAGCUGCAAUACCCUCUGAUCUCAACAGAGAUGAGUGGGUUGCGGCACUUCCUAGGGCUUUGGUUGCAGGAUUUGUCAAAACUGAUAAAGAUUUCCAGGAAAGAGCUAGAACCUCUGGAACAACCGUAACUUUUGUCAUUGUAGAAGGUUGGGUGGUGAGUGUUGCAUCUGUAGGUGACUCUCGUUGCAUACUUGAGCCUGCUGAAGGUGGUGUCUAUCAUUUAUCUGCUGAUCAUCGGCUCGAAAUAAACGAAGAAGAGCGAGAUCGCGUCACUGCAAGUGGUGGUGAAGUUGGUCGGUUAAAUACUGGUGGUGGUACUGAGAUUGGCCCUCUGAGAUGUUGGCCGGGUGGUCUCUGUCUCUCAAGAUCCAUUGGAGAUCUGGAUGUUGGCGAAUACAUUGUUCCAGUUCCUUAUGUGAAGCAAGUCAAGUUGUCUUCAGCUGGUGGUCGACUUAUCAUCUCAAGUGAUGGUGUGUGGGAUGCAAUUAGCGCAGAAGAGGCUCUUGAUUGUUGCCGGGGCUUGCCACCUGAAGCUUCGGCUGAGCAAAUUGUUAAAGCAGCUGUGGGGAAGAAAGGUAUUCGAGAUGAUACAACAUGUAUUGUCGUUGAUAUACUACCAUCAGAAAAACCAGCUGCUUCCCUACCGCCUCCGAAAAAGCAAGGAAAAGGAAUAAUAAAGUCCAUGUUCAAAAGAAAAUCUUCGGGCUCAUCUUCUAAUACUGAGAAAGAGUAUCUUGAACCUGAUGAAGUUGAAGAACUGUUUGAAGAAGGCUCUGCUAUGCUUUCAGAGAGAUUAGACACAAAGUACCCGCUCUGCAAUAUGUUUAAGUUGUUCAUGUGUGCUGUGUGUCAAGUAGAAGUGAAACCUGGAGAAGGUGUUUCGAUACAUGCUGGAACGGCUAAUUGCCCAAAGCUUCGUCCUUGGGAUGGUCCAUUCCUUUGCGCAAGUUGCCAAGAGAAGAAAGACGCUAUGGAAGGGAAACGAUCAUCAGGAGAUAGACAUAGUAGUGAGAGCGACUAGCCAACAGCAAUUACUGAACAUGCAAUUUAUUUGGUCAAGCAACUAACAAAAACAGUACUGUGAGUAUAUAAAGCGGUUCGAGGAUCAUCUGGUUGGAAUAUUCACCCAGACAUAUUAUGAGUUCCGUGAUCAACCAACCACCAUUCUUCGGAAAACUCCCAAGCAGUUUAUUUAUUUAUUUUCUUUGAUAUGCCUCUCUCACUUCACUCUUUUUUCUUUCAUUCGUGAUGCUUUUAUGUUUAAAAGUGGGUACUAACAGCUGAGAGAAGGUAGGUAAAGAAGAUAUGCAAGCCUGUGUGCAAACUAUUUCAUGUAUAAAACCAUUGACCAAGUUCUUGAGCGAAGCAUCAAUUUUUUCAUGUUACUAAUUA